AGAAAAGACCCGAAAUAGUAUUUCCAAACGUCAGGUUGUCGUAAAUAAAACCGGAAGUACCAUGUGCUAAACAUUGCAGCAAAAACAAAGCGUUAAAACCAUGUCAAGAGGUGGAUUUAACAACAGUUUUGGCAGAGGUGGAGGCGGAAGAGGCGGUCGCGGAGGAGGUUUUCGAGGUGGAGGCAGAGGUGGAGGAAGAGGCGGUUUUGGAAACCGGUAUCAAGAUCAAGGUCCCCCUGAAACUGUUAAAGAGGUCGGGGAGUACGUCCACCCCUGUGAAGACGACCUCGUCUGUGUCAGCACUAUAGAGGAUGUACCUCACUUCAAUGCUCCGAUUUUUCUAGAAAACAAACAGCAGAUUGGAAAAGUGGAUGAAAUAUUUGGUUCAAUUAGAAAUUUUUAUUUUUCAGUUAAAUUAUCAGAAAAUAUGAAAGCAAAGUCUUUUUCAAAAAGUACAAAGCUUUUCAUAGACCCAUACAAACUGUUACCCCUGCAGAGGUUUUUACCUAAGCCGCCUGGGUCUGGGGGUGGGCGUGGUCGAGGUGGUAGAGGAGGCGGUGGUGGGAGAGGCGGGAGAGGAGGCCGAGGCGGGGGCCGGGGCGGGGGUAGAGGCGGAGGAGGCAGAGGAUUCCGAGGAGGAGGAGGUGGAGGAGGAUUCCGGGGUCGUGGAGGGGGAGGGGGAGGAGGAGGGUUCAGAGGUCGUGGGGGAUUCAGGGGGAGGUAACUCCAUUGACAAUCUACCAAACAUAGAUUCAGGUCGUGUGCAUUGUAUGUUGCGAUUUGUUAUGUUCUCUACUGAUGUUAUGCUGGCAGACGAUGUAAGGCAUAUUGGUUGGUUAAUGAUGUGUUCAUACAUUGUUGAAUAAUGCAUUGUUUUUUGUCAUUUAAAGAAGAUGAAACUCUUUUAUUUUACUGAAUCAUGUGAAGAAUCCUGUAUAAAUGUUCACUGUAGAGGAGAGAAAGAGGUGAUCAAUAAAUUGGUCAUUUACAGUAGUACUGUACAAUUCUAUAUUCAUAUUCAUGUCCUAUUUUUAGGACUCAUACAAAGUUUGUUACCUGUGUAUCGCUUUGAAAAUGUUGCAACAUGCAGGAUUUUAUGAAAUAAACAAUUAUACAUUAAA